AUGUCGUCGCGGCCGUCGACGUCGUCCUCGCGGCGGAGCAGCUCGCCGUUCUCCGCGGGGCACCGCCGCCCGCCCACCGCGUCCUCCUCCUCCUCGAGCUCGUACUUCAGCUCCGGCCGCCUCAUUCCGCGCUCGUCCCCGUCCUCCGUCAACUCCAGCUUCUACGGCGGCGGGGGCGGGGGCAGCACGAGGUCCACCACCCCCGGCCGGCGCAGCUCAUCUGUAGCGCCAGCGCCGGCGCCCGCGCCCGCGCUCGCGCCAGUGCCGUUCCCGAGUGCGGACGAGCUCGUCAUCGAGGACACCUCCCGAUCCGGCGACAGCAUCUCCGUCACCAUCCGAUUCCGACCGCUCAGCGAGCGCGAGUUCCAGCGCGGCGACGAGAUCUCGUGGUAUCCAGAUGGGGAUCGGCUUGUGCGGUGCGAGUACAACCCGGCAACGGCUUAUGCUUAUGGGACAGUUUUUGCCUAUGGCGUAACAAGUAGUGGGAAGACCCACACAAUGCAUGGUGACCAGAAUUGUCCUGGAAUAAUCCCACUAGCCAUCAAGGAUGUCUUCAGCAUGAUCCAAGAUAGUCCUGGAAGAGAAUUUUUGCUCCGUGUGUCGUACCUUGAAAUCUAUAAUGAGGUGAUAAAUGAUCUACUUGAUCCUACUGGCCAAAAUUUGCGUGUGCGGGAGGAUGCACAGGGAACCUAUGUAGAAGGAAUAAAAGAAGAAGUAGUUCUGUCUCCAGGACACGCUCUUUCUUUUAUUGCAGCGGGUGAAGAACAUCGGCAUGUUGGCUCUAACAACUUCAACUUAUUUAGCAGCCGAAGUCAUACUAUUUUCACAUUGAUGAUUGAAAGCAGCCCCUGUGGUGAUGAGUAUGAUGGGGUCAUAUAUUCACAGCUCAAUUUGAUUGAUCUAGCUGGCUCUGAGAGCUCGAAGACAGAGACUACAGGGUUAAGAAGAAGGGAAGGGUCAUACAUUAACAAGAGCCUUUUAACUCUUGGAACAGUCAUUGGCAAGCUCAGCGAAGGGAGGGCAACACAUAUACCCUAUCGUGAUUCUAAGUUGACCCGUCUGCUACAAUCAUCAUUAAGUGGCCAUGGUCAUGUCUCACUAAUUUGCACAAUUACCCCAGCAUCAAGUAACAUGGAAGAAACCCAUAAUACAUUGAAAUUUGCAAGCAGAGCAAAACGUGUUGAAAUUUACGCCUCUCGCAAUCGGAUAAUUGAUGAGAAAUCAUUGAUCAAGAAGUAUCAGAAAGAAAUAUCCUCUCUAAAGCAAGAACUUGAUCAGCUAAGGAGAGGAAUGAUUGGUGGUGCCAGCCACGAAGAAAUUAUGAGUUUACGUCAGCAGUUGGAGGAGGGUCAGGUCAAGAUGCAGUCUCGUCUGGAGGAGGAAGAGGAAGCAAAAGCUGCUCUAAUGAGCAGGAUACAACGCUUGACCAAGUUGAUACUUGUUUCCACCAAAAACAAUAUUCCUGCCUUGACAGAUGGUCAUCAGCGGCACAAUUCUGUCAGCGAGCAAGAUUUGUCCAAAAUGAGGGCACUGAUAAAAGACCCCCUACCAGACUCCUUAGAUGAGAUCAAUCAAUUAAGAUCUGGCAGUGGUGAACAUUCUUCAGUUACUGGUUCUGCAGCAGAUUCAAUGCAGGCGGGAUUCACGGCAUCAGAUCAUAUGGAUCUACUGAUUGAGCAAAUUAAGAUGCUCGCUGGGGAGGUCGCAUUUGGUACCAGUUCGCUAAAAAGACUAAUUGAACAGUCCAUAGAUGAUCCUGAAGGGACAAAGGACCAAAUAGAGAAUUUAGAGCGUGAAAUCCAGCAAAAGAGAAGACAUAUGCGAGCCCUGGAAAAACAAAUCAUGGAAAGUGGUGAGGCAUCAGUUGCUAAUGCAUCCAUGGUGGAUAUGCAGCAGACUAUUACAAAACUAACUGCUCAGUGCGGUGAGAAGGCUUUUGAGUUAGAGUUAAAGUCAGCUGAUAAUCGUGUUCUCCAGGAGCAGCUACAGCAGAAGAAUGCGGAAAUCAAUGAUUUACAAGAAAAAGUUUUUCGUCUUGAGCAACAACUCUCAGCAAAAGUGGAUAUAUCCCCUGAGCAGGAGACUGAUUGCGCACAGCAGGAGGCUAUUGAUUUGAAAUCUAAACUUCAGUCCAAGGAAGCUGAAAUCGAAAAGCUGAAAUUCGAGCAUCUGAAAAUUACUGAGGAACAUUGUGACUUGAUCAAUCAGAACCAUAAAUUAAGUGAGGAAGCUGCAUAUGCAAAAGAAUUGGCAUCUUCAGCUGCUGUUGAACUUAAGAAUUUGGCUGAAGAAGUUACAAAGCUAUCUGUACUAAAUGCGAAGCAAGCAAAGGAGUUAUUAGUUGCUCAGGAGAUGGCACAUUCAAGGGUUCAUGGUAGAAAGGGUCGUACAACCAGUAGGGGCAGGGAUGAGGUUGGGACAUGGAGCCUCGAUUUAGAGGACAUGAAAAUGGAGCUACAGGCCAGAAGGCAGAGGGAGGCUGCUUUGGAAGCUGCUUUGGCAGAGAAGGAGUUUCUCGAAGAGGAGUACAAGAAAAAGUUUGACGAGGCAAAGAAAAAGGAACUAUCUUUGGAAAACGAUCUAGCAGGCAUGUGGGUUCUUGUUGCUAAGUUGAAAAAAGGGGCUUUAGGCAUAUCUGAUUUGAAUGUUGAUGAUCGAACUGUUAACCUAGCUGAUAUAACUAACGGCACAAAGGAAAACAAAGGUGAAAAGAAUUUUGUGCUAGUUGAGAAGCAAAUUUCAGACGAUUCUGUUAAGUCACUGAGCACAGAAGGACAUAGAAGUCCGGAGUUUGAACCACUUCUUGUUCGUCUGAAGGCUAAAAUUCAGGAGAUGAAGGAAAGGACACUGAUCCCCUGA